ACACCUGUUCGUUCGUCAAUCUAAUCACAAACCUCCAUCUUAUUCGAUUCAUUUCUCUUCAACCAACAACAACAGAUAAUCACGAAAAAAUGUUGAGGCACGCUACGAAGAGGAUUCUAGGGUUGGAAUCACCGGUGGCGAAUCGGAUUCUGCCGAGGUUUUACCACGAGAGGGUUGUGGAUCAUUACAAUAAUCCACGUAACGUCGGUGCUUUUGAUAAGAACGAUUCCACCGUCGGAACAGGGCUUGUAGGUGCUCCGGCUUGUGGAGAUGUUAUGAAGCUUCAGAUUAAGGUUGAUGAAGAGACUGGAAAGAUUACGGAUGCUUGUUUCAAGACGUUUGGAUGUGGAUCUGCUAUUGCGUCUUCUUCUGUUGCUACUGAAUGGGUCAAAGGAAAACAUACGGAAGAAGUUUUGACCAUCAAGAACACAGAAAUUGCAAAACACCUUUCCCUUCCACCUGUGAAACUCCACUGCAGCAUGCUUGCGGAAGAUGCCAUCAAAGCAGCAGUCAAAGAUUAUGAAGCCAAACGUGGCAAAUCGGUUGCUUCAACUACUGACUAAACUGCCGCCGAGUCUUGAAAGCAUACAACAUAACAUGCCUUUAAAUACAAUGUUCUUUUAUUUUUCAUGCUUCUAGGGUGAUAAAGAGUCGAAGUUUCAACUAUGGAACUCGUGUUACAUCUAUGUUGAUGUCAUUUAGUACCUAAACGAAUACCUGGUAUCUUUCUUGUAUAUAUUUUACGCCAUACGCAGGUUAUAUUUUACGCCAAA